AUGUUCAAUAUCAGCAAGCACCUUCGGCUCCCUUCUCUAUACAGGAGCGAUCCUGCAAAGCAGGAUGCUCAUUUCGAUGAGAAUGAAUAUGUCUCAGGUUUGCGCAAACUUAUGCACGGGUUUGACUUGAUGUUGAAUGACGACGUGUCUGGAACGAAAGAAACAUUUAAUAGCGAUACAGUUGAAAGCUGCAUCGGUAAGGCCGGUAAUGCUUUCUAUCAUGCCAUUUUAGGACUUGAACCAACUGCUAUUGAAGAAGCAUGGAAUUGUCUAAAUACAGCAGAACAGCGAGCUGAAGCACGUCGCAAGUUUAUGGAGAUUCAUGACCUUCGAGUAGGAAGCUACCCAGGUGGGUAUGAGUACCAACUUUGUGUUUGUGAUCUUUCUCUUAUGCAAUCCAUCUUAGGUUUUGUUGCAGGGUCUUUGUUUGAUAAUGUAAAGUCUGCAUAUCACCUUCGUAAGACAUUUCUUUCAUUUACAAAAAUGAUGGAGCAUGUUCGGGAAGUUCAGCAAAAGAAGGAAACUGGAGAAAUUCAAGUAACGAAUUCAAAUGCUCAAUUCAUAGACGAGUUUAUUGAAUCUGGUAUAAGUACCGGAUAUGGCGUAUUAACAUUCUUGAUUUCUUUGUUAUCUCCUUCCGUAAUGAGAGUGCUUUCUUUUUUUUCCAUGCAUGGUGAGCGAAAGGACGCGGUACAAUUGCUGUGGAAAGCCACCACCUAUUCCAAUAUGCAAGGAGCCAUUGCGUUGCUAUGUCUUUAUGCCUUUAACGCUUUGGUUCAGAGUUCUGCUAGUAUUGUUCCAUUGGAUUAUGCUGAUGAAUUGAGGCGUUGUCAAGACGGAAUUGAUAACGUACGGCAGAGGUAUUCCAACGGAGCAAUUUGGGCCGUUAUGCAAGGAAAACUUCACUACUUGAGAGGCGAUCCGGAAAAAGCACUAGAGUUAGAAAAGACUCGUGUCGAUACCAGCAUGGAACAAAUCAUUGCCAUGAAGGGCUUUGAUACUGCCAUGCUUUUUGUCGGAAUCCGGAAGUUUAAGGAAGCCGCUCAAGCAAUUUUAGAUUUAGAAGACUUGAAUUCUUGGUCGCACUCAUUUUAUCGAUUCUUUGCCGGUUGUUGUAUGUUACAACACUCCAGGGAAUUAAAGAACAAUGGAGGUAAUAUAGAAGAGUCUGAAAAUUAUCUGGCAAAAGCGAUUGAGUACCUGAAGCAAUCACCGACUUUGGUUCAGAAGAAGAAGAGGAGAGUUCUACCUGUGGAGAUGUACUUGGUUCGCAAAGUGCAAAAAUGGGAAGAUAGGGCUGCAAAACUAAAGGUUAAUUUAGCUGAUGCCAUGGAUAUUCCUCCUUAUAUAGAGUUGAUUUACAUUUUCGUAACUUGGUGUUUGAAUGAUCCAGAGCAUUUACUCAUACUUCGGUCCGAGCUUGAGCGAUGCCAGUGUACUGAAGACGAUGGGGUUGCUCUCCAAGAGUUUUUGUUGGCUGUUGUUGAAAGACAUCUAAAGAAUUAUGAAUCAUCUAGGGCUCGGCUAAUCCGUGUCAUGAAUAUGAAUAAAGAUUAUCUUUCACAAGCUAAUCGCGAUUUUUGGAUUCUUCCCAGUGCUCAUUAUGAGAUGGCCGCACUUGAAUGGGAUAUGCAUGCUUUGGAAGCUGAACGAGAGGUAAAGCAACAAUUGAAAAAGGCUCAAGAGUAUCAUAAUUAUGAUUUGGAAGGAAGACUGUCCAUGUUAACUCAAGCUGCCCUUCAGACAGUACAAUCUGAAAAGCCGUAA